GCCCGCGCACGCCUCCGUCAUAAUGCCGCCGCCGCUGUCGGCGCCGCGGGAAGCCACCGCUCCCGCUCACGCCGGAGUCGCAAGCGGACGUGGAAGAAGCUCAUGUGGGUGAAGCAGAGCUACCCGGACAACUACACGGACCAAAAUACCUUUCUCGAGAGCCUCCAGCGUAACCCGCGUCUGCAGCCCUACGACUUUUGGCCCCUCGUCGCCGAUUCGACGGUCAUUGUCCAGCACGUCUGCUCCGUCAUCCUCUUCAUCGUUUGUUUCGUCCUCAUAUCCCAGGAGCGCGUGUCGCCCGUGUCCAUUGUUUCGUUUAGCAGCAUGGCUACGUUCCUGGGGUGGCUGCUGUGGGAGCGGUGGGAGGCCGACGAGGAGCGGAAGGAGCUAGGUCUGGCGGGCGGGAGCAGUAGCAGCGCGACGGCUGCGGGUCGGAGGUUGGAGCCGAGUCGUAGGACGGGGAGCAUGAGGCAGCGGAGCCCGCCUCUGCACGAUGAUGGUACCGCCGCGGCGGCUUCGUCUACGGCCACGACAGCCACGAGCUCGGCAACGAAUCUCUCUAGCACCGCUGGCGCUGAGCGGCCUCGCCUGGCGCGGCACUCGCACUCCGCCUCCGCGAGCUCCCUCAUCUCUUCUACCUCAGCGACCUCGCAGUCCGUCUACCGCCGCCAUAGCCAAGAAGUCAACAGCACCCUCCCCCUCCCCCUCCCGCGCCGCUCCUCCUUCCCCUUACCAGGCGACGACAACAGCCGCCUCAACCAGCGUCUCAGCACAGUCAAGAGCGCCAUCCUCAUCUACUCCACCCUCCUAGGCCUCUCCCCCAUCCUCAAGUCCCUCACAAAGUCCACGUCGAGCGACAGUAUCUGGGCCAUGUCCUUCUGGCUCCUGACCAUCAACAUCUUCUUCUUCGACUACUCGGGCGGCGUCCGCGUCACCAUCCCCGCCUCGCUGUCGACCAACGCGGCGCUCAUGGCCUCGACGGUGCUCGCUUCGCGGCUGCCUUCUACGGGCCAGGUCUUUAGUCUCACGCUGUUUAGUAUUGAGGUUUUUGGGCUGUUCCCCGUGUUUCGGCGGUAUGCGAGGCAUCGGAGCUGGGGGUAUCACUACGCCAUGACGGUGUUUCUUGUUUUGGGGGCGGGUGCUGGUGUCGGGGUGAUUGUGGGUGAUAAUGGUACUUGUGCCGCUGGCGUUGACGUUGGGAUGUCCUGCUGGCCUUGGAAGGGCGCCGUGGCGGGCAUGGUUGUCAGCGUGCUCAUCUCUGCGAUUGCGAUGGGCGGGUGUAGUUGGUGGCUGAUUGGGUUGCAAAAGUACAAGAAUGAGAUUUAUGGGCCGUGGGAUCCGGCGAGGCCUAUUAUUAUGAGUCGACGGCUUUGGGAUGAUGGGUAGAUUAUGAGUAGAUAGGAAGAUGAGAGUUAAUGCGAUGAGAGAUGUUUACAAGUGAAGCAAGGAAUGCGGAGUGGUGACUUUUGUUAUUUAUGUUGGCCUGGCUUGACUAAUCAUGUGUACUGGA